CACUUCCAGCCCCCCAUGCACUGGAUCAACGAUCCUAAUGGCGUGAUGUACUACAAGGGCGUGUACCACCUCUUCUACCAGUACAAUCCCAAGGGGGCCGUGUGGGGCAACAUCGUUUGGGCGCACGCCGUGUCCACGGACCUCGUCAACUGGGUCAUGCUCCAGCCGGCCAUCUACCCCACGGCGCCCUUCGACGUCAACGGCUGCUGGUCCGGCUCCGCCACCGUGCUGCCCGACGGCACGCCGGCCAUCAUGUACACCGGCAUCGAUGGCGACGGCCGGCAGGUGCAGAACGUCGCCUACCCCAAGGACCUCUCGGAUCCUUAUCUCCGGGAGUGGGUCAAGCCCGACUACAACCCCGUCAUCGCGCCGGGCCCCGGGAUCAACGCCACCGCGUUCCGUGACCCGACGACGGCGUGGCGGGGACCCGACGGGCUCUGGCGCCUGGUGGUCGGGACCAAGGACAACCACCGGGGCAUCGCGGUGCUCUACCGCAGCCGGGACUUCCGGCGUUGGGUGCCGGUGCGCCGACCGCUGCACCACGGCGACACCGGCAUGUGGGAGUGCCCGGACUUCUACCCCGUCACCUCCCAUGGCGUCCUUGGUGACGUAAAGCACGUGCUCAAGGUGAGCCUCGACCUAACACGGUUCGAGUACUACACCUUCGGCGCGUACGACCACGCCACUGAGACCUACGUGCCGGAUGCGGCGCUCGCAGAUGGCAACGACGGGCUCCGCUACGACUAUGGUAACUUUUAUGCGUCCAAGACGUUCCUCGACCCGGCGAAGCACCGCCGCAUCCUGUGGGGUUGGGCCAACGAGUCAGACUCCACGGCCGACGACGUCAGGAAGGGCUGGGCCGGCGUGCAGGCCAUCCCCAGGAAGAUCUGGCUUGCGGCGAACAGCAAGCAGCUCAUGCAAUGGCCGGUCGCCGAGGUCGAGUCCCUCCGCGGCAACCACGUCAAUAUCACCGACAGGCUCAUCAAGGGUGGGGACUACUUCGAGGUCCUCGGGCUCACGACGCCGGCGCAGGCCGACGUGGAGGUAUCGUUCGCGGCGAUGGACCUGGACAAAGCCGAACCGUUCGACCCGGCAUGGCGCGGCGCCGACGCGCAGACGGUGUGCGCGGCGCGGGGUGCGGACGUCAAAGGCGGCGUGGGGCCGUUCGGGCUGUGGGUGCUCGCGUCCGACGAGCUCAAGGAGAGGACGGCGGUCUUCUUCAGGGUGUUCAAGGACGGCGACGACGGCAAGCACGUCGUGCUGAUGUGCAACGAUCCCUCGAGGUCGUCCUACGCCGACCACCUCUACAAGCCAAGCUUCGCCGGAUUCAUCGACGUCGACAUUGUGAAGGCUGGCGGCAAGAUACCUCUCAGAACCUUGAUCGACCACUCCAUGGUGGAGAGUUUCGGAGGGCACGGCAGAAUAAGCAUAUUGUCGAGGGUCUACCCGACAAAGGCCGUCGGCGACAAGGCGCGCCUCUACGUGUUCAACCACGGCGAGUCAGACAUCAAGGUUACGCACCUGAAUGCGUAUGACAUGCGCAUGCCGGCGGUUAGGGUCAACGAAGGCACCGAGAAGAGGUUCCUCAAUCUAAUGGCAUUCGAACGGCUCCACCCUUCUGCUGGCAAUGCCGUGACGGCCUACGUAAUCUUCAUGGACAACAUGAUUAGCUCGGCCAAGGAUGUCGCCCUGCUCAGAUCUAAGAUGAUUAUCGAGAGUGGGUUGGGCAGCGAUGAAGAGGUCGCUAAGCUCCUAAACAACACGCUAAACAAGGGAGGAGUGAUGAGCCCUUCUAGUAGGCUCCACGAUGUGCAGCGACAGGUGAAUGCCCACUGCAGGAAGAGAUGGAACAGGUGGCGAGCUAACUUCAUACAAACCUACUUGAGAAACCCUUGGGUGUUCAUUUCCCUCGUCGCCACCAUUAUUCUACUAGUUGCCACACUUUUGCAGACCUUCUAUACGGUUGCACCCUUUUACAAGCUAAUAUCCUAGCAGUAGUAAGUUAGUAUGCCAUCCCUGCCAAAUUAUAGUGCAUAUAAGAUUUUUUUUUUCAAAGUCAAACUUUGUAAACUGUGACCAAAUUUAUACUAAAUAAACAUUUACAAUACAAAAUGUACA